CCACCAAGGACUUUGGCCACCAAGCGCCUCCUAGUAGAGAAGCGAUGAUUUUCAUUGGGUGAUAACAUUCGCUAUGCUACCGCUGUAGUUUCUUGAUAUGGCGGCGCUGAUUAAAGCACUGAGAGCUGGAAGGGUCUUGCGGGGUCUCGGCAGCGUUCAAGGCACACUCAGUCCCCAGUGCAGCAAUGUAAGACGGGGAUUCCAUCGUGCCGGCCUGUUACAACUGACCAAUGACUCUAAAAGUCACACAUCUGUGCCACCUCCGUCCUACCAUGAGGUUCACACAUCCGGAGAAAGCUCAUCCUCUUCAGCACAUGGAGAAUCUUCAGAAGAUGCCCAGACGAACACCAGUUUUCAAGAUCAGAGUGGUGAACAUGGUGAAGACUAUGAGACAGAAGAACAGCUCCAAGCUCGAAUCCUGACCACGGCUCUAGAGUUCGUUCCACAGCACGGCUGGACUGUGGAGGCCAUCGCAGCUGGAGCAGAGACUUUUGGCCUGUCAUCAGCUUCCACUGGGAUGUUCAACAAUGGAGCUGGAGAUUUGGCCCUGCAUUUCGUCGAGCAGUGUAAUGCUCAACUUGCAGAGACACUCGCAGAGCAAACUAACCAGGUUCAGCUUGGGCAGGCAGAAUCAAAGAAAACAGCUGAGUUUCUGAGAGAUGCAGUGGAGAUGAGACUGCGGAUGUUGAUUCCUUAUAUUCACACAUGGCCUCAGGCUAUGAGCAUCCUGCUACUACCCCAAAACAUCCCCGACAGCCUGAAACACCUGUCCACGAUGGUGGAUGACAUCUGGUACUAUGCAGGCGAUCGCUCGAAGGACGUCAACUGCUACACAAGGCGGGCAGCACUGACAGGGAUCUAUAACACCACAGAGCUGGUGAUGGUGCAGGACUCGUCUCCUGACUUCGAAGAGACAUGGGCCUUCCUCGACAAUCGCAUAAAUGAUGUAGUUAACAUGGCGAACACGGCUAAACGGGUGCAAGCCACAGGAGAAUCCGUGGUUCAAGGACUCAUGGGAGCCGCAAUUACGCUGAAGAACCUAACAGGGAUGAACCAGAGACGAUGAGUUACUUCUGAUGCUCCUGUAUUCAUUUUGUCACAUCUUUUACUCACUGACCCCUUGGCCAUGCUUCUAAACUAACUAAAUCAUUUGAAAUGAUCACUAUGAAAGUGUUUGUGUUGUGAUAUAGGGUGGAUUAUAACGCCUUUAGCACUUUUAAAUGGGUGAGCUGUGCCAUACCUGAUUCCUCUGUCUUUUAUCUUAACCUGAGCCCAAUAAGCUGAAUUUGUAAAAAGAAAGAAUAAAAAUGUAAAUUGUAUUUAAGAGUCCUAUGUUCAUACGGUUUGUAUCAGAAGAAAUAAAGGGUAGCCUAUUUAA